AUGUCCUCGUAUUUCAUUACAGGUGUCGCACGUGGGCUUGGAUUCGAGUUUGUUCGUCAACUGUCGACUAACCCAGCAAACACCAUCAUUGGACUUGUUCGUGACAAAACCGCAACGGAAAAGAAGGUUUCAGAGGAACUCUCGGGUCGCAAGAAUGUUCAUCUCAUUCAAGGAGAUAUGGUGGAUUACGCGUCACUGAAGAAAGCUGUCGACGAGAUAGCAACCAUCACUGGAGGGAAACUCGACUACGUUAUCGCUAACGCCGCGUUCUUGUCCGUCUGGGCUGCUUUCGAACCUUUUAGUUUGUUGGCAAAGGAACCCGAAAAACUUGAGAAGGAGUUGGUAGAUAUGUUCACCGUCAAUGUCGUCGGAAACAUUCAUUUGUUCAACUUGAUCACACCACUCGUUCUCAAGGGGAAUGGAAAGAAAAUCAUAGCGAUUUCUUCGGGGUUGGGAGAUCAAGAAAUGGCUAUAAACUAUGAGCUUUUCCAAAAUGCUCCAUACUCCAUCAGUAAGACUGCUUUGGACAUGGCAGUUGCCAAAUUUCACGCCGAGUAUCGUAAAGAUGACGUUCUUUUCAUGUGUAUUUCCCCAGGAAUGGUUGAUACUGGCUACAUUGAUCCGGAAACGGCAUUACUUAAUGAUAUGAUCGGAAAAUUCAUGAAAUAUGCUCCUGAUUUCAACGGCCCGACUCCUAUCGACGUCGCUAUUCAACGCAUCUUGUCUGUCAUGGACAAGUCGAGUGUUGAAGCUGGCGAUGGUGGAAAGUCGUUGUCUCAGUUUGGGAACAAACAGUGGUUGUGA